AUGGCGUAUGAUGCUUCAUGGUGGAAACGAGCGCCUGGGGCGUCCUGGGCGCAGCAGGCGAAGGUGAGCUACCGAAGCCACGUGGAUGAACUCACCCGGCAGCUGCAGACGUCGGCGAUCUGUGCAAAGUUCCACAAGGACAUGGCCCGAACCCUCAUGUUUCAGCUGGAGCUGUGCAGGGGUGAGUUGGAGGAGGCCAAGAACAGCCUGAGACAGUAUAGUCAGCCGAAGGUGGUGGACGGCAGCUGCCAGACAGACAUGGAGGACGCUGCAAAGAUCGAGCGUGAUAAGGCUGGCACACAUGCUGGCGAAUCUGGAGCCAGCUCUCGUGCAGCCUCGACGGCAUCCUCACCACCGAGUCCGGAGUCCAGUCCCUACGAAGGUGAAGCUGAAGGGAGCAGUGCUGGAUCGCAUCUAAGCAGUGGGCUGAGCAGCUCAGUCUCCUCGCUCAAUGCGCACAUGCCAAUGCACAUGUGUCCAGGGCGGCAGUCUCCACUCGACGGAGUCAGACGCGAGGAGACUGGCGCGGAGCUGAAAUCCCUGGAGCAGGAAGACGACAAGACGGCGGAGCCAUGCCAUAUUAGUCGGUCACUGCGUGCAGCAGUGGCGUGA